AUGCGUCGUCGAGCUCGCACUCGUGCUCGCCGACAAGGCCGAAUCACAGGUAGGGAUCCUGCACAAACUGCCGAGGAACUGGAGGAUAUGGUACCCCUAGGCCGAAAGGAGCGCGAGCGCAAGAAACUGGAGAAGUCGCAUCCAGUCAUCAAGACGAUGUGGACUGAUCUGGAGAAAGUUCCGGUCAUUGCAGCAGAGGCUGCCGCGCAGCCAGACAGUGUCACACUGAAACUCAAGCCCUACCAACUGGAGGGAUUGAAUUGGAUGAUGAAGCAGGAAAAGACACACUACAAGGGGGGUCUCCUAGGUGACGAGAUGGGUUUAGGGAAGACGAUCCAGGCCGUAUCGCUCAUCAUGUCGGACUAUCCGCAAAAGCAGCCUACGCUUGUGCUCAUGCCGCCGGUAGCUCUCAUGCAGUGGAAGACGGAGAUCGAGGUGUAUACCGAUGGCAAGCUCAAGGUGCUUGUCUAUCAUGGACAGAACACGAAGGUGAAGGGCAUGUCGGUCAAGAAGCUCAAGGAGUUUGAUGUCAUCUUGAUCUCCUACAACAGUCUCGAAUCGUUGUAUCGGAAAGAAGUCAAAGGCUGGUCUCGUGGUGAGGACAUCGUCAAAGAGGAUUCGCCCAUUCACGCCAUCCAUUACCAUCGACUCAUCCUCGACGAGGCACACAGCAUCAAGUCUCGUAAUACAGGCGUUGCCAAGGCCUGCUUUGCUCUGCAAGGGACCUACAAGUGGUGCUUAUCCGGUACUCCCGUGCAGAACCGUAUCGGCGAGUUCUUUUCUCUGCUUCGCUUCCUGGAGGUACGACCUUUUGCCGAUUAUUUCUGCAAGAAGUGCCCAUGUUCCAUGCUGCAUUGGCAGCUUGACGACGCUUACAUGUGCGUAGAGUGCAAGCACGCUGGCAUGGAACACGUGUCUGUCUUCAACCAGGAACUGCUGAAUCCACUGACACAAUCGGAAGAGCAAGAAGAUCGUAACAAGGCCAUGGCGAAACUGCAUCUUAUCACGGCACGCAUCAUGCUCCGGCGUAUGAAGCGUGAUUACACUCACUCCAUGGAACUUCCGCCUAAGGAAGUGAUUAUCCACAACGAGUUUUUUGGACCGAUUGAGCGCGAUUUCUCAUCCAGCAUCAUGAGCAACACGGCUCGCGAGUUUGAUACGUACGUGGCUCGUGGCGUGAUGCUCAACAAUUAUGCCAAUAUCUUUGGUCUCAUCAUGCAGAUGAGGCAAGUCGCAAAUCACCCUGAUCUUCUGUUGAAGAAGAACGCCCACGAGGGACAGAAUGUUCUUGUGUGCAACAUCUGCGACGAGGUAGCUGAAGAAGCCAUUCGUUCCAAGUGCAAGCACGACUUCUGUCGUUCUUGUGUGAAGUCGUAUGUUUCGUCAAUCGAGGAGACUGAUGGCGAGGCCGAUUGCCCCCGCUGCCAUAUACCGCUGUCGAUUGACUUCGACCAGCCGGAUAUUGAGCAAGACGAAGAGGUCGUCAAGAAGUCUUCUAUCAUCAAUCGCAUCAAGAUGGAGGAUUGGACGUCGUCGACGAAGAUCGAGAUGCUGAUUUACGACCUGUACAAGCUUCGCUCCAAGAAGCAGACGCUCAAAUCGAUCGUAUUUUCGCAGUUUACAUCGAUGCUGCAACUCAUCGAGUGGCGCCUCCGGCGUGCCGGCUUCAACACAGUCAUGCUCGAUGGAUCCAUGACUCCCAUUCAGCGCCAACGGAGUAUUGAUCACUUCAUGACCAACCCGGAGUGCGAGAUCUUCCUCGUCUCCCUGAAGGCGGGAGGUGUUGCGCUCAACUUGGUGGAGGCGUCUAGAGUAUUCAUCGUCGAUCCUUGGUGGAACCCAGCCGCAGAGUGGCAAUCUGCUGAUCGUUGCCACCGCAUUGGUCAACGCCGUCCGUGUGUCAUCACACGUCUAUGCGUCGAAGACUCCGUCGAGUCUCGCAUUGUCAUGCUUCAGGAGAAGAAAGCCAACAUGAUUAAUGGCACAAUCAACAACGAUAAGGUCGCUAUGGAGAAGCUCACGCCAGAAGACAUGCAGUUCCUGUUCCGUACGUUGCCUUCAGCUUGA